AUGAAUUACUUCAUUCGUUGGAGGAUACGGGUACCGAUUUUCCCCGAACCAGUAAAGGUCAAUGAUGAUGAAUAUACCUCUGAAGACGAUUUGACUUUGGCUGAAAUAAGAUCGCGAAUGAAGAAAACGAAAAGCGCCAAGAGCGGACCAAUAAAAAGGCAUUAUAAAUGGAAAAAGAGAGACAUUGAGCCACCUAAUAUAGAAAUACCACUUGUUCAUAAUGUUGUAAAUAACAAUUCGCCACUUGAGCUUUUUGAUUUUUUUUGGGAUGAAGAAAUAAUAAACAUGUUCUUAGGAUAUUCUAAUCUUUACGCAAGCCAACACAACAAACCUGCCAAUAUCACCAAAGAAGAAAUACUAAAUUUCUUUGCUGUUCUAUUAGUCAGUGGAUAUGUUCAUGUUCCACGUCGCAGGAUGUUUUGGGAAAAUACAGCAGAUGCUCAUAAUAAUUUGGUUUCUAAUGCCAUUUCCAGGGAUCGAUUUGAAUACAUUUUUAGAAAUAUACAUUGCUGUGAUAACGCUUCUUUGGAUAAAACUGAUAAAUUUACGAAGGUAAGACCGUUGAUAAAGAAAAUGAAUGACUCGUUCCAAAGGUUUGCUCCGUUACAAGAAAAUCACAGCGUCGAUGAAGCUAUGAUACCUUAUUUUGGCCGUCACGGAGCAAAGCAAUUUAUACGUGGAAAACCCAUUCGUUAUGGCUAUAAAUUUUGGACCGGUGCUAUUGAUUCAGGAUACGUGGUAUGGAUUGAACCAUAUCAGGGCGCCAAGAGCGAAAUAAAAGUUCAGUAUAGGGAACUUGGGUUAGGACCAUCAGUAGUUCUUCAAUAUGCAGAGACCCUUUUAUCAAUUAGAAGUUAUCCCUAUCAUAUUUUCUGUGACAAUUUUUUUACAACNAAAGUGAAUUUAAUAUUACUAUGUAAAUUAUUGAUGUAA